CCACAAGAUAGAUAGCGAGCCCCCUUGCUUCACCGCUGUCUCGCUUUCCUUCUCCCGUUCACCCCCCACCUGCAACAAGUUCCUCUCCCGUGGCAACGACUGGGCGACGCUUCCGCCGCCGCCGCCGCCUCCUCCUCCUACGCAGAUUCCCAGUUCUUCGCCGGUCCCUUCGCCGCGAAAGAGCAACCACUAGGCUAAAUCUGCGAGCGGGGCAUCUCCAUCAAGUGACUGGUGCUAAUUAUGCGAUCUUCAUGGGCUGACUCAGUUGCGAACGCCGAGGAAUCGGCGCCCGCGACUGCUGCUGCUAACGGCUCUGUUGUGACUCAUGGCAACUCGCGCCCCACGCGCAGCUCCUACGUGCCUCCUCACCUCCGCGGCCGGCCAGCUGGUGCCGGCUUUGACACCCAAGCGGGCCUAGUAGCACCGGCACAAGGUGGACCACUGCCCUCGGCUGCCGCACAACCUUCUGGUCAGGGUGCUGCUGUUGGUGGCCCUCGCUGGGCUGGCAUUGUGAAUGGUGGUGGUGGCAGCGUUGGUGCUCCUCGCCAGGGUUAUGGUGGUGCUGGCGGGGGCGGAGGACGUGGUGCUUGGAACUCCCGUCCUGGGGGUUGGGACCGCAGAGACCGUGAGCCCGAUCCUUUUGCCAAAGCUGAGGCUGAAGAAGUUGACUUUGAGGGCCAGGAGAAUACUGGCAUCAAUUUUGAUGCCUAUGAAGACAUCCCUGUUGAGACCAGUGGUCAUGACGUUCCUGCACCAGCCAACACAUUUGCAGAGAUUGAUUUGGGUGACGCAUUGAAUGAGAAUAUCCGGAGGUGCAAGUAUGUGAAACCAACACCAGUGCAGCGUUACGCCAUCCCAAUCUCCAUUGCUGGGCGGGAUCUCAUGGCCUGCGCACAGACUGGAUCCGGAAAAACUGCUGCAUUCUGUUUCCCAAUCAUCAGUGGCAUCUUGAAGUCUCCAAGGCCACAACAGAGGUCGCGGAGCUCAAGGACUGCUUUUCCUCUGGCUCUGAUCUUAUCACCAACUCGUGAGCUUUCAGUCCAAAUCCAUGAAGAAGCAAGGAAGUUUGCAUACCAGACUGGUGUCAGAGUUGUGGUUGCAUAUGGUGGUGCACCAAUAACUAACCAGCUGAGGGACUUAGAGAGAGGUGUGGAAAUCCUUGUGGCAACUCCUGGUCGCUUAAUGGAUCUGUUGGAGAGGGCUAGAGUCUCACUGCAAUCGAUAAGGUAUUUAGCUCUCGAUGAAGCUGAUCGUAUGCUUGAUAUGGGUUUUGAGCCACAGAUACGUAAAAUUGUUGAGGGAAUGGACAUGCCUCAACGUGGUGAGAGGCAGACAAUGCUGUUUAGUGCGACAUUCCCAAAAGAGAUACAGAGGAUGGCUGCGGAUUUCCUUGCUGAUUACAUCUUUCUUGCUGUUGGGAGAGUUGGUUCAAGCACCGAUUUGAUUGUUCAGAGGGUGGAGUUUGUCCUUGAUUCAGACAAACGAAGCUACCUCAUGGACCUUCUUCAUGCACAAAAGGCUAAUGGCACACAUGGAAAGCACGCUCUUACUUUGGUCUUUGUGGAGACAAAGAGGGGGGCUGAUGCUCUGGAGGACUGGCUUUUUAGAAAUGGAUUCCCUGCAACUAGCAUUCAUGGAGACAGGACACAGCAGGAAAGGGAGCAUGCACUUAGGUCCUUCAAGAGUGGAGCAACUCCCAUCCUUGUGGCGACUGAUGUUGCUGCUCGUGGUCUUGACAUACCGCAUGUUGCCCAUGUGAUUAAUUUUGACCUCCCUAAUGAUAUAGAUGAUUAUGUUCAUCGGAUUGGAAGGACCGGACGUGCUGGGAAAUCUGGUCUGGCGACUGCAUUCUUCAACGAGAGCAACACUACACUUGCAAGGCCGUUGAGUGAUCUCAUGAAAGAGGCCAACCAGGAGGUUCCUAAGUGGCUUGAGGGGUACGCCGCCCGUUCAGCCUAUGGAGGCGGAGGUGGUAGAAACCGCAGACAAGGUGGCGGUGCCAGAUUUGGUGGCCGUGAUUUCCGGCGAGAUAGGGGCAGUGGUGGAGGGUAUGGUGGUGGUUCCUUUGGAGGAGGUGGCGGUGGUGGUGGAUAUGGGGGAUCAUCAGGAUACGGUGGUGGCUAUGGCGGCGGCGGUGGCAGCGGCUAUGGUGGUGGUCAGAGUAUGAGUUCUUGGGACUAAACCAGACUCUAAGCGAAAAAUGGGUCAACCAUGAUCAAUUAGUCCCUGUUGGGUGGAACGAAUGCUUGGAAUUUGUUGCUUGACUUGACGAGUACGGUGUCGGGAAAUGUCCCCUUUGCCUUGGUUCUGGUUAAAUCUUGUGUUUUGUGUUGUACUAGGGAUUGGCUUAUGUUAUUAUCUGAAUUGGUGGGUUCUUCUACGCCUCAUGCUUGUGCUGUCUCUUUUCACGGAAUAUCUGUUUGCAUUUUAUAUCAUUUGUUUACUCCCAA